AUGGACCCUGUCAAGUCCACGCUCGCGGACAAACUUAUUGCCAGCAGUAACAAGGCCCAGUCGGCCCAGCCAGUGGACGGGCUGCUGACUGAAACGUCGGAGGAGCGUCUACGUGAAAUGGUUGACGCGGCGGAAAGCACGGAAAAGGAGUGGUUUGACAGAGUGGGCAGAAGGCUGAACACCGCACUCGAAGCCGUGAGGGAUGCUAAAAAUGUUGCAAAACCGGUGCAGACGGCACUCGCUGAAGCCAUGAACGCUUUCAGUCAAGCGAGAAGCGCACGAAAGCAGCGCCAGAACGUGGCGGAGAAGCUGCAGGACGCAGCGAGCAACGCGGGGCCCCACGCGUCAACCACGGGUGCUGUACAGGCCGAAGACGGCAGCAUAAAGUUGGCAAAAGAAUUCAGCUCGCUGAGGGACGAAGUCGGCGAACUCAGCAAGGUGGUGAGAGAACUAGUGGACAAAAAGCCCUCCGACCGGGGGACCAGCAAAGAACCUAUCAUCCAGGAAAGCCAGCCCGGAACAUGGACAGAAGUAGUUAAGCGAAACAAAAAGGCGAAACCCAUGCCCAUCGGGAAGUCCGAUGAUCGCGCAACCGCCCGGCCUCGGGUGAGAACGCGCCCGUCAUCGAUCCUUGUAACCGUCGGGGCUGAUGAGUUCCCGGAGCUGUCCAAGAAAAUUCGCGGCGGGGUGAACCACGAUAUCAUUGGAAAUAGUGUGGUAGGCAUGCGUCAGGCCAAGUCUGGCGGCCUGCUAAUUGAAGUCCGCGGUGACCAGACCCAGAUCGAAGCUGUCCGCGCCGAAGUGGCGAAGUCUGCGGGUCCCGAGACCGAGGUGCGCACCCUACAACAAAGGGCUCUGAUCGAAGUUCGCGACCUCGACCAGUGGACCAGCUCCAAAGAGGUUCUCGAUGAAGUGUGCAGAUCCACCGGUGUUGGCCAGGAGGCUGUAAAAGUGAUAAGCCUAAGAAAGAGAUUCGGCGACUCCCAGAUGGCGCUGGUAUCCCUCCCGUUAAGUGACUCGCGUGGAUUGGUCAGCUCCGGCCGACUGCUGGUUGGCAUGGUCAGCUGCAGAGUUAGGAUGGCUGAACCAAAAGUCAGGUGUUUCCACUGCCUCGCUUACGGGCACACGUCGAAGGCAUGCGAUGGCCCGGACAGAACGGAGUGCUGCCGGCGCUGUGGAGAGACCGGCCACAAGGCGGCCAGUUGCAGUGCCACUGACCGCAUGGUUAGCGCCUUUGCAAGGGUCCAAAUCUAUGUCAAGCGCUGGAUCAUAUCGCUCAGGUGGAGCGACGGAGGACCUAAGCACACCCAAAUGAUUUGUGUUUUGCAAAUAAACGUCGGUGUAUGCAGGGCAUCGCAAGAACUCGCGCUUGCGACCGCCAACGCAAAAGAAGCAGAUGUGCUAAUAAUCUGCGAGGAACACCGCGACCGCGGGGAGGACAAUGGAUGGUUCCCCGACGCGAACGGCAGAGCAGCCAUCGCCGUUCUGAGCAGCAUCUCGGUCGAUGCAAUCGGCCAGCCAACGCCUGGCUUCAGAUGGCUGGAGAUAAAAGGCUAUAGGCUCUACAGCUGUUACAUUUCACCAAAUGUAACAUUUUUGGAGUUCGAGGCCUUCUUGGUAGGGCUCGAAGCCAGCGUGAGGACAGCCACCGGACCUGUGGUGGUGUCUGGUGACUUCAACUCCAAGUCCCCGGAGUGGGGCAGCCCCAGGGAGGACCGUAGAGGACGAGCCCUGGCGGAUCUAAUCGCAGCUCUAGGUCUCGUCGUCCGGAACGAGGGUGGCCAGCCCACAUUUGUUAGGGGUGCGUCGGAGUCGCAUCUCGACCUGACACUGGCAACGCAAGCGGCAAUAGGAAGUAUUACGGAUUGGGCUGUAAUGGAGGAAGAAACUCUGAGCCUACAUAGGUACAUUUGGUUUAACAUAACCACCACUCGUGGUCAACAGCGAGAGCAAGCAAAGAAGGGCUGGGCGUACAGCAAGUUUGACCACCAGAAGCUGAAAGACAAAAUGCACAGCGGGGCACCAAGCCCUCCCAUCGACGCUCCCAGCAUGUGUAAACAAGCCGUCAAAUGGCUAACUGAAGCAUGCGAUGCAUGCAUGCCCCGCGUCUCCGGGAAAUCCAAGAGACGCCCAGCGUUCUGGUGGAACGACGACAUUGCGGAACUGCGUGUGUCAAGGCAAGAAGGUCGUACACCCGCAAGCGCAAGAAGGCAGGCGAAGCCGGAAGUGCCAGGGAAAAGGAAACUUACAAGCAGCAUAGGAAAACACUGUCGGUGA